AUGCCCAUGUUCAUGAGGAGCUCCUCCGCUGUCCGGGAGGAAACAUCUGACCUGCUACUGUCAGAUCAGGCCCCGGUUCCCUCAGAGGGGCCAGAAUAUCACCCAUCUGCUCUCAACAUCAUUAGCUCUGAUGUUUUAUACAUUUUUCCAGAGGCACAUCAUCCAUUAAAACUCAGCAAACUGAUUCUGUCUGUUCUGCAGUGUGGUGACAUCAUCCCAGAGGCGAAGGCUGCACCAGAGCUGCUGCCCAGCAGAGCGGAGGCUAGAAGUAAACCAGACUUCCCUGUGACAUUCCCAUCACAGCCACUGUCGGUCCCCAGAUUAUGGCACAGCACGGCAGCCGAGUACACCAUCGCCACGGCAGUGAGCGAUCCACUGUGCAACCUUCCAGCUGUGUUAGGAGGUGUAACGUUCACCUUGGGGGGGGACACUCUGGAUGUUGUGGAGAGGAAGAGGAAGAAGAGGAGGCUGAUGAACAGAGGCCAAACAAAUACAGAACAGGAACAAGAGCUGGAUCACAAGCAGCUGCUCAGAGUCAGGAUUGCACAGGCUUACCGGAGGAUCAGCGGCCCAGCUUGCAUCACUGUGGAUGCAAGUCCUUCCGCAGACAAAGUGCUCCAACAAGUGCUGUUUUUAAUUAGGGGCAAAUGCCACUUGUAA